AUGGCAAGAGGCGGCAACAACAACAACAACUCGCAACCACCAACCAUGGAGGAGAUGAUGGCCAUGAUCAAUGGCUUAAGGGAGGAAAAUGCGCGAUCCAGGGAGAGAGAGGAGGUCAUCCAACGAGAAAACGAGGAGAUCAGGAGACGAGCGGAUGAGAUGCAGGCCAGAAUAUCAGCUAGUACCAGGACUGUGGAGGAGGACAUCAUGCUGGAGGUCCCUAGAGACUUUCGACCAUUCUCGGAAGCCAUAGAGGCCGAGAUGAUCCCUAGGGAUCAUCGGAUACCACAGGUCGAACCCUUUGAUGGAACGCAGGACCCCAGUCAACAUUUGACGGACUUCCGGGCUCAAAUGUUGAUCUGUGGAGGAAGCAUGGAAGUCCGCUGCAAGUUGUUCAUGGGCACACUCAAGAAGGCGGCGCUUGAUUGGUUUAGUGGCCUCCCCGAUCGAUCCAUCACCGACUUUGACGUCUUCAGUCGGCUGUUUAUGGCUCAAUUUGCUGCUAAUAAGAAGAAGCAACCAAUCACGUCGGAUUUAUUUGAUCUUAAGCAGCAACGGGAGGAGUCAUUGAAGGAUUUUCUGCAGAGAUUCAAUGAGGUUGCUCUAAGGAUAGCAUCGUUGGAUGAGAGAAUGGCGGUCAUCGCGUUUCAGAAAGGUUUGAGGUCCGGAGCCUUCGACAUUGCACUUGAAAGGGCGAAUUGCCAAACAAUGUCGGAGGUGAGGGCUUUCGCCUUGAGCCACAUCAAGACGGAGGAGAACCAGAUCAUUAAAAGGGCAGCUGAGAACCGAGAAGCCGGGGGCAGGAAUAAGGAGGGGAACAAGCAUCUCCGACCGCGAUCAGACUGGAGCAAACGACGUGACCGGUACAACGUGAAGGACGGCAAUUACAGGCAGGCCAAUCACGGUGGUCGGUCAAGGGGCGAGUGGACGCGCAGCAAUGAAGAAGAGAAGUUUACUACACUCACUAUCGAGCGUUUAAUCAAGGAGGGACGACUGAAGGAGUUUGUGGCGAGAAAGCAGGAGGGAAGCUCGUCAGAUAGGCGACCCAGGCGCAAGCAAGAUGACUCCAAGAGGGAUAGGCGUAAAGAGAAAACUCCUCCCAGAGACGCGCCAGCAAAGGUGUCGGAAGCCCAUCAGCAACCCAUCCAUGGGGAUUUCAACACCAUCAUAGGGGGCUUCGCGGGCGGGGGAGCUACCCCUACUGCCCGAAAAAGGUACACUCGGUCGGUGCUUACAGUAUCGGAAUUCAGGCAACCUACUCAGCCUGAGAUCUCAUUCUCGGACUCAGACUACGAAGGAGUAGCCCCUCAUGAGGGCGACCCCGUCGUCGUAUCGGCGAUUGUCAUGGGGUACAAUGUGAAGCGUGUGUUGAUUGACCAGGGAAGUUCCGCGGACAUUUUAUUCUAG